AUGUCUCGAGCUAGUGUGUCGUCUGCAAGACCACUUUCUCUUACGGAAGAGCUUGAGAAGCUAGAGCAAUCUAUCACUUUGACUCUCCAAGAAAUUGAUCACAACUUUAGUCGAGCACACCGUAUCGUUACUACAAGUAUCCUACCGGUCGUUGAACAAUAUGCCAACCAUUCAAAUGCGGUAUGGGAAGGGUCGAAGUUCUGGAAACAAUUUUUCGAAGCCAGUGCCAAUGUCUCAUUAUUACAAGUAGAGCAACAGGAGGAGGAAGAGGAUGUCUCAUAUACCCAGUCCCACGAAGAACCGAGUCAAUACACAGCAUCACACGUUGAUGAUGAAACUAUCCGAACAGAAGAUGAUGGACAUCAUUCUUAUGAUCAGGAUGAUUCAAUGUUAGAAGAUAAUGACAUAAGUGGUAGCACGCCUCGAGCUCCUCCUCCCAGAAAGGAUAAAGAACCACAAUUUGCAGACUUCUCAUCUCCAUACGAGGACUUGAGAAGGGAACUCAAAGGAGCGACAUUACAGGAUGAUGAAGAUGACACACAACUACCAAGUACACCUGGAGCAAAGCAAAGGGCACCGGAUAUGUCGAUGUUACCAGAUUCAUCCCCAUUUGAUCCAACCUCAUAUCGAAUGGACCCGACUUUAUAUGAUUUACCAUCGAAUGCUCAAACUUACAUACCAUCAACGGCUCAAAAGUCAAAAGAUCCUCAAUACCUUAAAAUGCUGGAGAAGAAUUAUCGAAUCCAAGCUACGCCACUCACAAAUCGGAAAGAAAAGAAAACACCUGCCAACAAACCCUCGUGGCGAGAUAACCAUUCACCGUUGUCUUCGCCGCCAGCUGCAGCACCUCAACUACACGCUGAUAUAUUCAGCUCGCCGAUUAGACAACCAUAUAGACAAAGUGCACCACGCACUCCCGGUGUAAGCGUUCAGACCCCUGCGAAAGGCAAGUCAAAGGAUAUCUUUGCCAGAUCUGUGAAGAAAGAGAAAGAUGAGAUUACAUGGGAAAGCGAUAGUGAUGAAGAUGCGGAGGAUAUCUACAAGGAGCUUGGAAUGAGUCCUCCAAAGACCAUUCAAUUUUCCUUACCACAAUCAAGAUUGUUACAAACUCCUGCACGAGAAGCAAGUAAAAGAAUCGUUGAAGAUCUUCUGAACACCGCAGGAGCUGGAUUUGACAAUACCGACGAACUGGACAAUAGUCCAAGUAUAGUUGCGAUGAAAGAUGAUUUUGAUGAUAGUUUUUGA